UUGAGAAUAUACAUUCUUAAAAGAGGCGAACAGUUAGGGGUGAAAUGGAGACACUUAUUACAAGGUGAGGUGUCACACUGCUAUAUAAGUCGAGGGAAGGGGCACAAUCUCCAGGUACGGUCUACUCGUGCCCGUGUCAGCUCUUGGAUGGCUUAAUCUUCAUCACUCGAGCACAAAGUAGGCUAAGUUAACCAUGAUGGAGGAGGAAGAAGAUCACGUUACAAAGAGCGAUGACAGCAUCCCAGGAGCCAGGAGGAGUGAGGCAGCUGACGUAGUUGACCAGGACUGGCGCCAUCUCUCCAGGCCUCGCUACGUGCCUCAGUCUGCACUUACUGUGGCAGGUUUGAUAACAUCAUGCUGGGAGACGAUCACUAACAGGCCCGGCAUUGACUCCGCAGCGCUCAGCGGCCCUACAAUGGCUCACUGGCACUCACUCGCUGGCACCACGAUAUGGCACCUUAGCAUGGUUUCUUGGCGGCUUGGCACUGUGACUGGUCCCUGGGGCUCAAUCGCCGGUCCUAUGAUUUUUCCCUGGAGCGUGCUCACUAGGCCUAAGAUGGAUCCCAGGUACUCAUUUAUUGGCCCUACGACGGACCCUUGGCGCUCAUUUGCCAGCACACCAAUGAUUCCCUUGCACUCUCUUUCCGGUCUUAUGAUGGGUCCUUGGUGCUCGCUUACUGGUCAUGCAGUGGGUCCCUGGCGCUGGAAUACCUCCUCAACUAUGAUUCCAUGGUACACAUUUACAGGCUUUUCGCUCAUGUCCUGGGGCUCACGUGCUGGCCUCACGCUGGGUCCCUGGGGCUCACGUACUGGCCUCACUCUGGGUCCCUGGGGCUCACGUGCUGGCCUCACGCUGGGUCCCUGGGGCUCACGUACUGGCCUCACGCUGGGUCCCUGGGGCUCACGUACUGGCCUCACGCUGGGUCCCUGGGGCUCACGUGCUGGCCUCACGCUGGGUCCCUGGGGCUCACGUGCUGGCCUCACGCUGGGUCCCUGUGGCUCCCUUACUGGCCUCGAGGUGAGUUCCUGCGACUCACUUACUGGCCUCGAGGUGAGUUCCUGCGACUCACUCACUGCCCUCGAGGUGGGUUCUUGCGACUCACUCACUGGCCUCAGGGUGAGUUCCUGCGACUCACUCACUGCCCUCGAGGUGGGUUCUUGCGACUCACUUACUGGCCUCGAGGUGGGUUCUUGCGAUUCACUUACUGGCCUCGAGGUGGGUUCUUGCGACUCACUUACUGGCCUCGAGGUGAGUUCUUGCGACUCACUCACUGCCCUCGAGGUGGGUUCUUGCGACUCACUUACUGGGCUCGAGGUGGGUUCCAGGGGCUCACUUACUGGCCUCGAGGUGGGUUCUUGCGACUCACUUACUGGCCUCGAGGUGGGUUCCUGCGACUCACUUACUGGCCUCAGGGUGAGUUCCUGCGACUCGCUCAUUGCCCUCGAGGUGGGUUCCUGUGACUCACUCACUGCCCUCGAGGUGGGUUCCUGCGACUCACUUACUGGCCUCGAGGUGGGUUCCUGCGACUCACUCACUGCCCUCGAGGUGGGUUCUUGCGACUCACUUACUGGCCUCGGGGUGGGUUCCAGGGACUCACUUACUGGCCUCAGGGUGGGUUCCUGCGACUCACUUACUGGGCUCGAGGUGGGUUCCAGGGGCUCACUUACUGGCCUCGAGGUGGGUUCUUGCGACUCACUUACUGGCCUCGAGGUGGGUUCCAGGGGCUCACUUACUGGCCUCGAGGUGGGUUCCAGGGGCUCACUUACUGGCCUCGAGGUGGGUUCCAGGGGCUCACUUACUGGCCUCGAGGUGGGUUCCUGGGGCUCACUUACUGGCCUCAGGGUGGGUUCCAGCGACUCACUUACUGGCCUCAGGGUGGGUUCCAGGGACUCACUUACUCUCCUCGAGGUGGGCUCUUGCGACUCACUUACUGGCCUCAGGGUGGGUUCCUGGGGCUCACUUACUGGCCUCAGGGUGGGUUCCUGCGACUCACUUACUGGCCUCAGGGUGGGUUCCUGGGGCUCACUUACUGGCCUCGAGGUGGGUUCUUGCGACUCACUUACUGGCCUCAGGGUGGGUUCCAGGGACUCGCUUACUCUCCUCGAGGUGGGUUAUUGCGACUCACUUACUGGCCUCAGGGUGGGUUCCUGGGGCUCAUUUACUGGCCUCAGGGUGGGUUCCAGGGACUCGCUUACUCUCCUCGAGGUGGGUUCUUGCGACUCACUUACUGACCUCAGGACUGUAUUUGACGAUUUGUCAGAGUUAUCUAGUGAGGAAAGUGUUGUUGAGACCAACACUGAUGAAGGUAGUGAAUGUAUAGAAACAGAGAUGGCCGAGGUGGAUUUUGGUAGUGAUGGAAGUGACGAUUCUGAGGUUGAGACUGCCACUCGUGCACAGCGAGGUACUGGAGCUCGUGCCAGAGCCAGACUUACCACACGUACCCCACCACCAACAGAUUCUGAUGAAGGGUGGUGUAGUGACAAUACUCCACCCUUUGUGGACAAUUUUACAGAUACGCAACAAGUUGAACGUAGAAAACGAGUAUGGAAUCGUGAUGAACAUCCUCAGUGUGAACAGGCCAAAUGCAAUCUGUGA